AUGUCCAUCAGUUUUCAGUCUCUUGUCAGGCUGCUGCACGGAUCAGAGGUCCAGGCAGCCCACAUGCAGCUCAUGGGCAGAGGCAGGGCUCUCGCCAGGAUGAAGGACGACGAGAGCCUGUCAGAGCCCCUGCUGGUGCCUGGGCAGGAGGGUGGUCCCUGUGGAAACUCCUCCAAAGAGAAGCACACAGGAGUCUUUGGGAGAGUCAGGGGAGCCUGGGCAUCCUGUUGCCAGGUGUCUGCAGCACCGACGUGGGUCCGAGGCCUGGCUCCUCUCACUUGGCAAUGCUCUGUAAGGAAAAGCAAGCCCUCAGAUGGUGUGUGGCUUCUGUUUUGCAUUCUCCUGAUCAUCAUGUUGGCUCUGCUUGAUCAGGCAUGGUUCUCGUCAAGCCUGUACAGGCACCAGAGCACAAUGGUCAUGGGGCGCUGUGGGCAGACCACGCCCUGCAGGCACCCAGAGCCGCCCCAUCCCCAGGAGCUGAGUGUCGGGAGCCUGCUGAGAGCCCGGAGCCAGGCCCAGCGCCCGGGGGCUUACCGGGACUGCCUGGACGUGGCGCUGCGCGAGUUCCGCCGGGAGCCGGCCGUGGUGCAGAGCAACGCCCGGCUGAUGCUGGACUGUAAUGGGACAGCCCAGGCUUUCCAGUCUGGGAAGGGGCAGGCCCAGAUCCAGGUGGCCUGGAUCGCUGGCAAGGCAAAGUACAACAUUCAAGUCAACAGCACUGAGGCCUAUGUGUCCAGGCUGAAGCUCAGACAGUUCCCCCUCAAUCUCACCAGCCUGCUAAGUGUGCAGCAGGACCUCACCUUCCGUAGGGCCCCGGAGCUGGUGGGACAGUGCCUGGAGCGGGCAGUGCAGGAGGUCUCACGGGUGCUGGAGUGCCUGCUGUGGGACGCUCAGCUGGUGGUGACGUGUGGGGGCGCCGAACUGACCUUCGUCUCUGGGGAGGGGCACAGAAAGAUGAAUGUGUAUGCAGAUGGCAAUGGGACGGUCCAGUACUGGGAGCAGCCGGUCGGGUGGCUAGUGCGGUUUGCCCAGCUACUGAACGUGAACUGGUGCUGAGUGUCAGGCUAGGAGUGACAGAGCAGGGUGGGGAACUGGAGUAGGGUUGGCAUUUGGCGUCAUGGGGCCAGAUCCCCACUGUGGUGAAUUUGCUGUGGCUCUAUCAGAGCCACUGGGACCAAAUUCCCAGGUGGUGCAGGACAGGCUGUGCCUACUGGGCUCUCCCCUUGCACUGAUGUAAACCAGGUAGCCACACAGUUAGAGUGUGUGGGCCCAGAUCAGGUCGAUCCCAUCAUGGUGGGCACAGCAGGUGUAGAAGUACAAAGCUAGCACUUCUGGCUGCAUCUUUCCUAUACCUGGCCUAGAAGGCAGGGGUGGACACAGGGCACCGGGUUAUGUUCCAGGCUCUGCCAUUUUAAGCUAUUCACUUUUCGUCUGAUUCCCUUUUUAUUGGAUUCAUUUUAACUAGUGGUACUCUACCUUCUGGGCCUGCAGGCUGGGCGAGUGACACGGGGUCAGUCCGCAAGCCAGAUCUGGCAUGACAUCACCAUGCAGGGGUGGUUUAUGGGUGCAAUCCAGUACUCUGGCCUGGCCCUGUGUUGGAUCCUGCUGUGGAGCAACACUGUGUGCCAGAUCUGGCCACAGAUCCACCCUGUACACCAGUAUGGUCUGGCAGGUGGGGCCAUGUCACUUAGCUCACAGGACUUCCCCAUGAGGGAAGAAAUUUGGCAGCGGGGGAAUGGUGUCAGGAUUAAUUGCUGCAUCUCUGGGAACAAUUCAUGCUACCACUAUUGCAUUUAAAAAUGGGUUUUAAAAAUGAGUGCUUUAAGAAUUGACACAACUCUCGGUUGAUUAGUAGCAGGAAGGCUUGUUUUAAUAACUACCAAAAGUCUAUAAAACUAAAUGACAGAAAAAGACUCUUUCCCAAUAUCAAAUGAGCUAUUGCAGAACUCCUAGUACAUAUUUAACUGCAGCAGUGUUUUCUUACCAAUGCAGGCAGGGAAGCUGGUCCAAUCUUGCAUCCUUCACUGAGCAGGAUACUUUGCUGGUCAAGCUGGGUGCAGUAUGGCUUCUUGACCUUUCCUGGGCUGCAAACUUUGUUGGCAGUUCUGCUUUGUUUUAUACUGUUUUAAUUGUAUAGUUUCAAAGCAUUCCUUCUUCACAGUUGGUUAACAAAAGUCCAAAAAAAGCAAGGAGGAAAAGGGUGAUCUCAUCAUAUUACAAUUGUUAAAUAGCCUGGCUCCUGUUUUUGGAUUUGUCUAGGUGUGGAGACUUGUGUUUCUCUCAUCGCCUGAAGUUAUAGGUCAAUUAAAUGUGAUGGGCCUUGAGUGGUCAAACAGGAUGCUUAGAGGUAUUGAUUACCAGACCUUUCUUCAGGUAUUUGUUUAUCAACGGGGCAAAUUUGCAAUAUCUGGGGAUGGUCUGUUUACAAAAUACCAGACCUACACUGAAUGAUUGAGACAUUUGUAACACCUAGAUACUGGAUACCUGUUUUGAGAAAUGUGUGGAUGCCCGGUACAGGAACUCUUUCCUGUAUUCAAUGCACCUUUUCAAGCAUUUGCUUGAAAUGUAUAUUUAGUCUUUUGUCUUCUUUAGUUGCUAGUUCAAUUGAAAUGUAUAUGUAGUUGCCUUGCCUUCUCUAGUUACACUGGCUCAGCCUCUUCCUCUGGCUUUCUUAGCUUGAAGAUACACAGGUGAUGAGUGUGUCAGGUCUCUGCAAUUUUCCUUUUAAAGGAACCAUGGCUGUUGUUAUUUUAUGGCAUCAGUCUGGUAUUGGGUACCACAAGCUCCUCUCUCUCUUAUACCUAAUGGGUUGCAAGCCAUUAGUGGAGUUUUGAUAUUCUUUGUGGCAGGCUUGUUAGCACAACCCAGUCUUGCUUUAACCACUAUCUUUCAUUUUUGUGCAAGACACCAUCCAAGCUUUCACAGCUUUCACAGUCAGCACCACCGCCCUCUCCCCCAUCCCCACUGCAAGAUUUCCAGACCCACGGAGAGCCCUGUGUGCUCAGCAACAUGGUCUUGCUGGCUGUAUGACACAGCCCUGCUAGCUGGAUUCAACCCACAGUCUGGAGGUUGGUCACCACUGAUUUAGACUGAAAGCUCUUUGGGGCAGGAGCUGUUUUUCCCUGUGUGUCUGUUCAGUGCCUCGCAGCAUGGGGUCCUGACCUUUGUGGAGAUCAUUGUGGAUCCCUGUCGUGCCACUAAUAAUGUUACAAUCUCAGUUGCUAAUAGCAGCAGGGGCCUGUGAUGAUGGGCUCAUCUUAUUUUUUUAUCCAAAUCCUGAGCUUUUGUGUUUUCUGCUCGUUGGUUAUCAUCCUAAUGGAAUGUCAACAAUUAAUUAAAUACAUAAAAAGUGGA